AUGCCAAUACUGCUCAUAGACUCUUAUGACUCCUUCACGUUCAAUUUGAAGAGCCUGAUCGAGCAAUCAACUGGUGAGGCCGUUGUGACGAUCCAUAAUGACACACUCUCUGCAUCAGAGCUGUCAAAUUACAUUGAUCUAUUCUCAGCCGUGAUUGUUGGUCCUGGUCCAGGCCAUCCAAAAUUCGAUAAAGACGUUGGUGUGAUCCCUCAUUUGUUUGAUGGAACUAUUAGCAGUGUAUCAAUACCCAUCCUUGGUAUUUGUCUUGGGUUUCAAUCGUUAUGCCUUUCUCAAGGUUGUGAAGUUGAUAAACUAUCAUCAAUCAAGCACGGUCAAGUCUACAAUGUUACUCAUAAUGACGAUCCAAUGUUCAAUGGGAUCGAUCAAAGCUUCAAAAGUGUAAGGUAUCAUUCGUUGCAUGUGCCUGAACUAUCACCAUCCUUGGUUGGUCUAGCUUAUUGUGAUGAUCAUGGUGAAAAGAUAACAAUGGCUGCUAAGCAUAUAUCUGAACCAUGGUAUGGGGUUCAGUAUCACCCAGAAUCAAUAUGUUCAGAAAAAGGUUCACAGUUGAUCAAAAACUUUAUGGAGAUUGCCAAAGCUCACAACACACAACGGUCAAUAGCACAAGACAAAGAACUCCUAAAUGGAUUAGUAUCUUCAGUUCAAAUUAAACCAUUAAUACCACGCUCUGAGCUAAACCAAAAAGGUAUACACUUGAAAUUUGAGAAACUAGAAACUUCAAAAUCAGCCAUAGAAAUUUGUGAAACUCUUCAUCAACAAGGAAAAGAGUUCAUCUUAUUAAAUUCUGCAUCACAUCCAGGAACUUGGUCUAUAAUUGGUUUGCCAAAUGAAAACUCUUUAAGAGUUACACACUCAACAGAAGCUUCAGAUGAAAUAACCGUUGCUCAAAACAAUAAAACAGAAACUAGAAAAAUCAAUUCAAUUUGGGAAUAUCUAUCAAAUUAUAUGAAGACUCAUCUGUGCUCCGAUGAAAAUGAUUUCCCAUUCAUUGGUGGUUUCAUGGGUCUUUUUUCCUACGAAGAAGGUCACCACUUGCAGUUUGAUAAAUUACCAAAGAUUACCAAGGAGAAAAUUCCAGAUAUGAAGUUGAUAUUUAUCGAAAAUCUCAUUUUAGCAAAUAAUUCAAGCAAAGAAACUUACAUUAUCUCCAUUGCAAAUGAUACAUUCAUUCAAGACAUAAAACCAAUACUUCUAGAUGAAAUAACAUUUGCGCUUCCAUCAGAUCACAUCGAAACCAAGUCGAUAAUAAAACCUCUUGAAUCAGAUUACAAAUCACAAUAUUCACAAUGUCAGGAAUUUCUAGCAUCUGGAGACUCAUAUGAGUUAUGUCUAACAUCAUUAACAAGACUUCAAAUACCCAAAGAUACAGAACCUUGGGAAAUUUAUAAAACAUUAACCAAGAAAAAUCCUUCACCAUACUCUGCAUUCAUGAAUUUUGAUGAUUGUGUCUUGAUUAGCUCUUCACCUGAAAGAUUCAUAAGUUGGAAUAAUGACAAAUGUGAAUUACGUCCAAUCAAAGGUACUGUUAAAAAAACACCAGAGAUGACAUUCCAAAAAGCUAGUGAGAUCUUAAACACACCAAAAGAAAUUGGUGAAAAUUUAAUGAUUGUGGAUUUGAUUAGACAUGAUUUAUACGAACUUUUAUCAAAAGUUGAAGUUUCUAAAUUGAUGAGUGUUGAGGAAUAUUCCACAGUUUAUCAAUUAGUUUCUAUCAUUAAAGGAUAUUUCAAAGAUACCGAGUUUUCAGGAAUUGAUGUUCUUUCAAGAUCGUUACCACCUGGGUCAAUGACUGGUGCACCAAAAAAAAGAUCUGUCAACAUUUUACAAAAUUUGGAAAAUUCAAGAAGAGGUAUUUAUAGUGGUGUUUGUGGAUAUUGGUCUGUCGAUAAUAAAGCUGAUUGGAGUGUCAUAAUCCGCUCAAUUUUUCAUUACAAAACGGACAUAGAGAAUAACGACGAGACAAAUACUUGGAGAAUUGGAGCAGGUGGUGCAAUCACUGUAUUAAGUGAUCCUGAAGGUGAAUGGCAAGAAUUGUUAACCAAAUUAGAUAGCGCAUUACAAGCAUUCAAACUAUAG